AUGGCUGACCCGCUGCUCAACACGCUGUGCAGCAUCUGCCACAUCAGCACGCCCAAGUACACCUGCCCGGGCUGCAACUCGCACACCUGCUCGCUGGCAUGCAACAAGAAGCACAAAUCAUGGGCGAACUGCUCGGGCAAGCGCGACCCCACGGCCUACAUGCCCGCCUCCAAGCUCAAGACCCCGGCCGGCGUCGACCACGACUACAACUUCCUGUCCUCGAUCGAGCGCGAGCGCGAGCGCAACCAGCGCGAGAUCGUCGACGAGCGGCAGCUCUUCUCGGAAAAGGAGCUGGGCCAGCUCGACGACCCCUACAGCUUCCGCAAGCAGUGGUUCGGCGAGAACGUCCGCUUCCAUCCCGUCGGCGCCGCGCCUAGGCAGUUCGGCUCCGACGGCGAGGACAGCGACGGCGCGGACGGGGGCGGAAGUAGCAACAGGAAACACAUACCCGCCAAGGCGAGCCAGCUGACGCGCACCCUCCGCCAGCGCCUCGCCCUCGAGAACGUGGAGGUGGUGCAGAUGCCUGUCGGGAUGACGAGGCAGAGGGAGAACACGACGAGCUGGAACAGGAAGUCGAGGAGGAUCAACUGGUGCGUCGAGUGGAUCGUGUACGGCGGCGGCGGGGAGUCGGGGGAGGAGCUCAAGAAACACACGAGGAUACGACACAAGGCGCUCGAGACGACGCCGCUGUACAAGGCGCUGGGAAACUCGAUGGCGUGGUACAAGAAGGGUCACCAAGCGGACGAGGACGCUUCGGACGACGAGGAAAUCGAGAUGGCCCGAGCCGGGCGGCACAAGAAGGUCCUCAUCCGCGAGGUCAAGGAGGACAGACGACGGGGCGGUGGCGCCAUGCAGGACUGCCACUCAGCGGCAUGGCCCACGAGGGCGCAAUAUCCGACGCAGAACCCCUUCACGGGCGCCUGGGCAAGCGACGCGGCCGCGACCGCAACGUCGUGGCAGGCGGACGAGGAGGUAGACGCGCGCAGGCGUCACAGGUUCUACCUGCUGAGGCCGCUGACCGUCGCAGGCAAGCCGAGGGAGCUCAUCCCCGUCGAGGCCACCGACGGCAUGGGGGCCGCGCUGCGGGGGCGCACCGUCCUCGAGUUCCCUACCAUCUAUGUCCUUCCCCCGGAAUCGGACCCGUCCUCGACAACGGCACAGGCACCGGAAUCAUCAUCAUCCCCACCGCUGCCCGAGGGCCACAUCCUCGGCUCGACGGAGCGCCGCGCAAACAGCAAGCGACAAUCGGCCGCGGCGAAGCGGAAGGCCGGCCCCAAGGACGACAACGCGCGCCAGCAGUCUCACAAGCGCCAGGCCGUCGGCGAGGCCGGAAUCCCCGUGCGGCCAUCGGCAGCAGGUGGUGGUGGUGCCCAGCGCGGUCGGGGCGGUGCUGCUGCUGCUGCGGCGCGCGGCCGAGGCAAGGGCCGCGGUGGCCGGGUACAUUCUGCGAGGCAACAGCGGGGCGGCGACCAGGAUGCCGAGGAGGGCGAGGUCAACAGCGACGGCGACGAGGUGUUGGCGCACCCUCGGGCCCCAACAAAGUCAGCUGCGGCAGUCCGCGCGGAUACUAGUAGUAGCGACCCGGACAGCUCGAGCGACGAGGACGAAGACGUGGAUGCACGAGACGGCUUCUGGGCAUCUUCUCGGCCGCCCCAAAGGGGUGCGAUAGCCGAUGAUGAAGACGAUGGGGACGAUGGCCCGCCUGAGGAGGAAGCCACAUCUGCGCCGGCGCCGACGAACGGCAGCAUCAAGAAGCCGGGGACGGGGCUGGUGGACUAUGGGUCGGACAGCGAGGACGGGUCUGAGGAUGACGACGACGGGGACGUCGGCCUCGCGGGGCUGCAGCCCGAGAACCCGGAGCUGGUGGCCGGGGCUAUCCAGGAGAUCGUCGGGAUGCUGUCGUGA